CUGGGACUCUUUCCUGCUUCCUGUCCUGGAAGAACAUCCUAUCAGCAGGUCUGAUACAGGACUGUGGAGGGGGGGCUGAGUGAGUACGAGAGAAUGAGAGGGUGAGAGAGGAGGGCUUAAUGCCCCAUUCCAGUCAGGGCAAAGACUGAAGCUCCACAUAUCUGUAGCCAGCAGCACAGCGCCUCCACCUCCACUGAUAAACCACCGGUCCUCCAGGACGCUGCUGAGGAUCAGAUCUUCCCAUUGGUGCACUCCAACACAGGCGAGACCAUGUUGCCCGAGGUCAACUCGACGUCCGAUUACACUCACCCACCGCUGUGGUACUACGAGUGCACCUUCGACCUGGACAGGGAUGCGCGCCGCAUCGCCCUCUUCCUCCUCUACCUGUUCCUGUUCAUGGUGGGCCUGGCUGAGAACAGCCUCGUGGUCUGGGUGAACUGGCGUCGGCGUCGCUCGGCCAGCGGCGUGCUCUUCUGCGUCAUCAACGUCAGCCUGUCCGACCUGAUGGUGGUGCUCACCAUGCCCUUCUUCAUGCUGGAGGUCACCAUGGACAAGGUGUGGAUUUGGGGUCGCUUCCUGUGCAAGGUGACCCAUCUCAUCUACAUCAUCAACUUCUACAGCAGCUCCUUCUUCUUAGCUUUCAUGACUCUGGAACGGUACCUGUCCUUGGCGAGGCCCAACACGCCGCCCCUGUUCCCGCUGCAGCCCAAACACAAGCGCUGGUUGCUCUGCGGUGGGCUGUGGUUGCUGUCCUUGGUGCUGGCGCUGCUGGAGAACGUGCAUGUGGACCUGCUGGAGUGGGACGAACCCGGUUGCUACAUGGUACCAGAGCAGAACUACACUGAAUGGUUUGUGUCCGUGGCCUUCCUCUGCCUGAUUUUCCAGUUCCUGGGUCCAGCGUCCAUCAUCAUCACCUGCAACAUCCUGAUCGCUCGAGCCGCCCGGGCAUCUCCGGACGUCCAGGGCCGCAGGGACCUGUGGCUGGUCCAUGUUUACUCACUGGUGUUUCUGGCUUGUUGGCUGCCCUACCACUCGGUGAUGUUCCUGCUGAUGUUGGACGACCUGAACCCGUGGCUGAUGUCCUGCAAUGCCGUGGAGGUUCUCUACUUCUCCUUCAGUGUGGUGCAGUGCCUGUCGCUCUUCCAUUGCAUCGCCAACCCCAUCCUCUACAACUUCCUGAGCAAGAGUUUCCGUUCAAAUCUCGUCAACAGCAUAGUUUCCCGUAUCUCUCCGCUGAUGCCCGCCAGCGCCCCGGCCGAUGCCCCCGCCAACGGCACAGGGAACGCAGUGUCAGGGAAGGAACGAAAGCUCAGCAAUGCCAGCACAAGUCACUCGGAGAUCGAAUCCUAAAGAAGGACAUUCCCAGCGGUUUAGCGGUUACAGUUUCCGUCCAAAAAGCAAGAAGUGUUUCUGCAUUUCUGUGGUGAAUGAAGAGAAAUUCCCAACAAAUCUUCCUGAUUCCCAAAAAAAUCCCUGAUUGAAAACUCUUAAUAACACCAACACUGGACACUGGAAGCUUCCAGCCAUGUUUAUCAGCAAACACCCUUCCAACUUUUAAUUAAUUUAAUUCAUUUAAUAAAAAAAAAACCUUUUUAUUAUUUAACUGCAAAACAAGGAGUCAAACUUCUCAGCUCAAGAUCCAACAGGCCGCUAACAAAGAACAUUGGAAGACACUAAAUGACUUAAAUGGUUUGUUUUGAUUGCUUGUAAACACCAGAGUCAAAAGGCCCGCUGGAGCUGAAAGUUCAUGUCAACAAAUACGGCCUUAGGAAGGAAGAAAACUCCCUGGAUCCGAAUCCCACAGGAAGCUAAGCUAACAUCUAGGAACAUGCCACACUUCCAAGGAAACUAUUAGCAAAGCAUUUACGAAUAUGAUCUGUACACUGGAGACAAGAACAAGAACUUUGCAAGGUUGCGUUGCUCAGACUUUCAUUACAAUGCCUUCAAACCAGAAUGCAGAAUUAAACUGUUGUCCAUCUCUGAUCUGAUACUGCCUGUAGGUUAUCUGAUUGGUAGCACCACAGAUUGGACUAAUCCACUGAGUCCACUGAAUGUGUAGAUAUGUCUGAUAAUCUGAUAAUCGUUGUUCUAAACAUGCAUUAAAACAUUUUAUUUGUGA